AUGAACCAGUCUCGUCCUAUUCAGGAUGAUGUUGAUCUCAACCCCAAGAAUGACGGAAUUUCUGGAGAAGGAAACAUAUCUGAUAAGGAAUUACUGAAUGAAACUUUGAAUUGUAAUGAACAAGGCGAUGUUGGUGAGGUAAUUGGAGUCUGGUCCAAGCCAAAGCAUAUUAGAAUUGAUUUUAAAAAUGAGCAAGUUGAACUCUCUGAUGAUGGUAUUGUGGUGAAGCUCAAUCCAGUGAUAGAAGCCAAAAAUUCAGAAGUGCUGAAAAAUUCGAUUGUAAUCAAAGUCCUUGGAGGUAAUGUUCCUUAUUCUGUUUGUAGUUUUGAUCUGAGAAAACAAUGGAACAAAUUUGGCGGAUUUCACAUGACUUCAAUCAGUAUGAACUGGAUCCUCUGCUCCUUCAAAACUUGUGAGGCGGUGGAUGAAGUUUUAAAUGGUGGACCCUGGUAUGUCAAUGGAUGCAUUGUUGCUCCGGUGUGGAUCAGACUCCCGUGCUUACCUCUGUUCUGUUGGGAUGAGGAUAGUCUUGCGAGAAUUGCUUCUCGGUUUGGCACACCGUUGUAUUUAGAUGGAAAUACAUUUCGGUGGGGAAAGAGAGAGUUCGCCCGCAUCUGUGUCAAGAUUGACUUGGAAAAGAAGCUCCCAAAUGGUGUCUGGAUUGAUGGUCUUGCCGGAAGAUUCUUCCAACGGGUUGAAUAUGAGAAGAUAAAUUUACUCUGUUAUCAUUGUGGUCAUGCGGGGCAUGAAUUGAAAACAUGUCCGGAGAAGGUGGUUCUGGGUAUUAAGAAUCAGGCUAUGGGAAAUUCUGAAGAAGUUAUUGGUGAAGUAAGGAAAACGGAUGGAGGAAUUAAAACAGCAGUGACCAAUGAAGAGUAUGGGCCUUGGAUUCAUGUCCAGUUUAAAAACAAACGUGUUUUUAAAGGUGUGGAUGGAUAUAGAAAUAACAACUCUAGUAAGAACAAUGUGAAGGAUAACUUUGGAAAGAAUGAUCAGAACAAAGUUUUGCAAGAGCAGGAUGCCAAUGGAAAAGAAAACAAUGCACAUAUGGAGGAAAAUUCAGUUCCAGGAACUAAUGUAGACAAAGGUGUAGUGGCAGAAAACUGCAAAGCAAGAAUUUGUUUGAAUAAUUCUUUUUCGAUUUUAAAUGAAGACAAUGACAUAGUUUGUCAUGAGGAGCAGGAAGAUUCCGUUAAGUUGCUGAUUAAGAGAAAGGAAGGAAUGAGUACUGAUGCUGUGAAUGAAAUAAAACCCAGCUUGAAUGGUUCUGCUAGAGUCAAACUGGCCAAGGAGUUGAAAUCCUUGGGAGGGGCUAGGAAGAGGGAAGCUGCUCUGUAUUUGAAAGAGGUGGUUAAAGAUCAUGUUGUUUUUUUCAUUGCCCUUAUGGAGACUAAGAUGAGUAUUAUCAAUAGGAAGGAUGUUGACGUUCUUAUUGGUAAGAAAUGGGAUUUCUAUCAUUUUCCUGCAGUAGGUCUUUCUGGUGGCAUCUUAGUGUUAUGGAAUAUGAAGAUUGGGAACUUUGUGAUUACUGAUACUUCUUCUCAGGUGAUUGUGGGAGAUUUAUCUAUCCCUAGAAUGGGAUCUUGGAGGAUUGCUACUGUGUAUGGUAGUAGAUGUUUCAAGGAGCGUGAAACUCUUUGGAGCUUGUUGGAUAAAUGUAUGGUGAGUUCUAAUCCUUCAUUCAUUGGGGGAGAUUUUAAUUGUGUGCUUAAUAGAGAUGAGGAAAGAGGUGGUAAAAGAUUCCUUUUUACCAAAGGACCUAGAGAUAUGAAGGGUUUUAUGACUAGUUGUGACUUUCAUGAUGUGGGGAUUAUUGGUCCAAGGCAUCUUGCUAGGGUGGCUUCAGAUCAUAGUCCUAUUACCUUCAAGGUCAAUGAUAAGAAGCGUGUAAAGUCUAAAAUCAUUAGAUUUGAAGAUACUUGGAGGAUGUAUCCAGCGGCUAGAAGCAUUGUUUAUCACUCUUGGAUGAAGAAUGACUUUGGGGAGGAAAGUAUGGUUCUACAAAGGAAGAUUAACAGAACAUUGAAAGCUCUUUUCUUUUUGGAGUAA